AUGGGGAAUUCGCAAUGCUGCUGCGAUGAAAGCGAUGCGAAGGAAGGCCUUCCGGAUGGAACUGUCAUGGUCUGGCGGCCGGAGGCAACUCCGAAACGUGCAGAGCCCUCUGCAGCAGAGCUCCUCCGCAAAGACAAGCAGCUGGAGAAGGUCAUGGACAAGCUAGUUCAGCUGCAGCCAUCGGAUGAGCAUCCGGGCCCCCAGAAAGUUCCGAAGGCGGUACUUGUGGAUGCCAGGCACCCGGCUCACCUGACGCCAGCAGAGAGAUGUUUUAUAGAGAAGACGGCCAGCCCUACUACGAAUUCACGGGAGGAGGGCUCUACCCCGUGCCUGGACGAUGCCAGUGCGGCAAGCAGCGUGCUGGGACGGGACCCUUCUCCCGUGCAGAUGCCUCAAAUGCAAUGGGUUUCCAAGUAUGACGGCGAAGUCGCUCAGCAGGGGAAAGGCGCUGCCAAGGAGGCAGAGGCUCCACCGGGUACAUCACAGCCCACAGGCACGAAGCGGGUCUCGGUCAAAGAGCUUUUGCAAGAAAGUGCUCCGGCGAAAGCCCCUGCACCACAAGUGGCGGCAGCUUCCCCGAAGCAGGUGCCGGCGGCGCAGCCUCCCACACGGCAAGCGCCGGUUGAUGCACCUGCAGAGACCACCAAGCCCGUGCAGGCAGGCAAGGUCGAUGUGCCCCAGACAGCCAUCCCGGAGACCCCUGCACCCAAGCAGGAGAAACCAGUGGCAAAGGCUCCACCCGCCCCACCCGCAGCGACUACAACAGUAGCGGCCGCAGCGACUCUUGCGAAGCCGGCAGCGCCUGCCGAAACUUCGGCCGCUGCCGAUGCAGAACCCGUAUUUGACGAGGCAGACCUAGAUGUGCCCUAUGUUACGGUUCAGUUCAAGCUUCCGGAUGGUACUCUGCAAGACGUCUACUUCCUCACCUUUCCGUUUGGUUUCGACCUCAACAAGACCAAGCCCAUCAGCGUGAGGAAUGUGCGACCGGGCAGUCAUGCAGAGGAUCUGGGAGUGCAGGUUGGCUGGAGCAUUCAAACUGUCGGCGAAACGGAUGUCUCCAACAUGGAUGCGCGUGGGCUGCUGAUGGUCUUCCUGGAGCAGAAAAAGAAGUUAGAGGCGAAGUGA